AUGACUUCACAAGCUCCUCCUCAGUCAGCAUCACCACAAGGUGCCGCAGAACCAGCGGCAUCAUCGAUACCAAAUCUCAAAGACCGACUCCCAAAGCUCGAACCCCGAAAGCGACGCUCCGGCCCCUCCAAUCCUACUCCCAUCCCCGAGACGCCCACUCUACCCACGCCACCUGAGACCAACAACUGGACGUUCAAGACGCCUUCACGACGAAUUUUAUCGAAGAAGGACCAUGAUAUCUUCCUCUCAUCCUCAACAUAUAAGCUCAUCACAGCCUGGGUCUUUGCCCUAGCAGAGUCCGUAAAGGAUACUCCCAACUCCGCGGUCAAGGACGCAGACUUGAGCGCCCCUGUCAAAACCAUCCUACACAUCCUCGACGAGACAGAACAACUGGUAUCAAAAUCUCCUCCAGAUGAGCAGGGCGGUUCGAGAUUUGGAAACAAGGCAUUCCGCGGCCUUCUCGAGCUUGCUCAAAAAAAUAGUGCAGAGUGGCAUCGCGAGAUCGGCGUACAGAACGAAGAUGCUAUCAACGAACUUUCCACAUACUUCUGCCAGUCAUUCGGCAACGGAAACCGAAUCGACUACGGAUCUGGACACGAGCUGAACUUUAUGAUUUGGCUCCUCUGCCUUUACCAACUGGGCCUAUUAAAGCAGUCCGACUUCAAGCCCAUCGUACUUAAGGUCUUUGUGCGGUACCUGGAGGUUAUGCGAGUUAUUCAGAUGACAUACUACCUCGAACCUGCUGGAUCCCAUGGUGUCUGGGGUCUCGAUGAUUACCAAUUUCUGCCUUUCCUCUUUGGUGCCACGCAGCUGUUGCACCACCCAUAUAUCACACCAAGAGCGAUUCAUCAGGACUUGACCUUGGAAGAGUUCGGCCACGACUACAUGUACUUGGGUCAGGUGAGCUUUGUAAAUAGCACAAAAACUGUCAAGGGUUUGAGAUGGCACAGCCCCAUGCUCGAUGACAUCUCAUCAGCGCGAUCAUGGACAAAGAUCGACGGAGGCAUGCGCCGCAUGUUUGUCGCCGAAGUCUUGGGCAAGCUUCCCGUCAUGCAGCACUUCCUUUUCGGAUCGCUAGUACCAGCUGACGAUGGUAUGAGUGAGGACACCGGUGCCGGUGAUGAGGAAGUUGCUGAAGAUGAUCCACAUGCGGGUCAUGACCAUACUGGCAAAGCCCACGAUGGUACGGGUUGGGGUGACUGCUGUGGUAUCAAGGUCCCUAGCAGUAUCGCAGCUGCUCAGGAGAUGAAGAAGAGAGGCAUGGGUCAGGGCCUACGACGAAUUCCUUUUGAUUAA